CUGUUUACUUGCUGCAAGCGGCCUCUUAUUGCGAAGUUUCCUUUCAACCACUCUUGUUUGCAAGUCCGAGUAGCCCAGCACGGGGAACAGUCGACAACAAACAAUGUCCACCCCCAAAGAAGUCGGCCCUCUGCCGGUCGUCUCCCCGACCGACGGCUCCGAAGACAACUCCAGCGACAAGCAAGCCUCGCACGACAAGGAAAAGACCGCGGGCGCCGACGAUCCCACCCCCGAGGACGAGCACGAUGUGAACAAGGACGUUGAGCUUCAGCAUGGCGUGGCAAAGAUUCAGGCCAUCACCAAGGCGUGGACCUUUAAAUACCUCAUGUUGACAUAUGUCUUGAUCUACCUCUCGUCGUACUGCCACUCGAUGCAGCAAAACAUGAACUCCAACCUUGGCCCCUAUGUCACGUCUGCGUUUUCCCGACACGGCCUCCUGGCCACGGUGGGCAUCGUAGCACGACUCAGCUCCGGCAUUGCGCAGAUCCCCAUGGCCAAGAUAGGGGACAUUUGGGGCCGCAUGGAGAUUUACAUUCUAGUGCACGGUCUCACUUCUUUUGGCCUCAUGCUCAUGGCCGUCUCCAACAGCAUCGAGACGUACGCGGCAGCCAACGUCUUUUGGUCCGUGGGCAGCGCCGGCGUCGGCUUCGUGCACACGGUUCUCAUCUCGGACCUGACGUCGCUGCGGAACCGCAUGAUCAUCUACUCGAUCAACUCGACCGCCUACAUCGGCAACGCCUUUGCCGGCCCCAUCGUGGCCGAGCUGUUCCUAAAACAGAGCAGCUUCCGCUGGGCGUUUGGCGCCUUUGCCAUCAUCUUUCCCUUCUUUGGCGCCUCCAUCUGCGUGGUGCUCUGGCUGAAUCUGCGCAGGGCCAAGAGGCAGGGGCUCGUGCCGGUGCGGCCGAGCAGCGGCAGGACGACGGUGCAGUCUGUCGUUUUCUACCUGAACGAGUUUGACGUCGUCGGAAUGAUACUCCUCUGCGGAGGUCUUUCCAUCUUCCUUUUGCCGUUCAGCAUCGUGUCCUACAGCCCGUACGGAUGGACGUCGGCAUACAUCAUCUUCAUGAUCAUCUUUGGAUUCUUUCUCGUGAUUGCCUUUGCUUUCUGGGAGAGAAACUAUGCAGUCACACCCUUGGUCCCGUGGAAGAGCCUCAACGACCGAACUAUACUGGGAGCUGCCCUCACCGCUGGCAUUCUUUUUGCUAGUGCUGGAACUUGGGACUCGUACUUUUCCUCGUACCUACAGGUGGUCCAUCAACAGUCAAUCUCCCAGGCCGGCUUCAUCUCCAACAUCUACACCAUUGCCUCGUGUACCUGGGGCCCUAUAGUCGGCUACCUCAUCCGCCUCACCAACCACUACAAGUGGAUCGCCAUGUCGGCCGUCCCCGUGGCCCUCCUCUCGACCGGGCUGCUCAUCCACUUCCGCACGCCCGACACUUACAUCGGCUACGUCAUCAUGUGCCAGGUGCUCAAGGCGUGCGCCAACGGCACCAUCAUCAUCUGCGAGCAGCUGGCCGUCAUGUCGGUGGUGUCGCACAACCAGGUCGCCGUCAUGCUGGCCCUGAUCGGGCUCGCCACCUCGGUCGGCUCCUCCGUCGGCCGCGCCAUCUCGGGCGGCAUCUGGACGAACCAGCUCCUGCCGCUGCUGAUCGAGAAGCUGCCCGAGGACGCGAGGGCCAACGCCACCGUCAUCUACGGCUCGCUGCCCGUCCAGCUGUCGUACCCCUUUGGCAGCCCCGCCAGGAACGCCAUCGUCGCCGCCUAUGGCGACGUGCAGAGGAAGAUGGUCAUUGCCGGCGCUUGUCUGAUGCCCCUCGCCCUGGGAGCCGUCUUCUUGUGGAGGAACGUCAAUGUCAAAAAGACCAAGCAGACCGCUGGUCAGGUGUGGUAGGCGUCGUUGCGGUUCCGGUCCGCAUUGCCGUCUGUCAUUUGUUUGUGAGACAUUGCUAAAGUGGGAUGCUGUAAUUCGGACACGGCGCUUACUAAAGUACACAAUUUUCUGUGAAUCAAUACAUUUUGCGCGUAGCUCUGCAAGUAAAUGACAC